AUGCGCCGUGCAGUGCCGGGGUGUCUGCGUCGAGCCCUUUUGAACAGACAUCGACCCCUGGAUCCACGCCUCUCUUCUCUGGCCUGUUGCGCCAAGAGCUUGGAUGAUGAGGAGGAGGAACCCAGUCAGCGCUCUGUUGGCAAUGAGGAUAGACGCCAGUAUUUUCAUCCUGUGAUCACACGAGCAAUCCGGACAUCGAGCUGGGAUGAUGCCAGGAAGAUCAGCUUCAGGGAGUGUGUCAGGGUGUAUGGGCUACCCCGGUCGAUCGGGCUGUUUGCGUUGCUUAUGCAGUCGUUCUUGCCACGGAGGAUUAGAGAGGUCCGGUGCCUGAUUCAGAGCGUCGUCGACCACUUUGGGAAUGCCGGGCCUGAGUUGUUUGAGUUGGCGUUCUUGUUGGCUAGCAAUUUGGGUGGGUCGAUGACGUUGGUACAGGUUUAUGCCACAAUCAUCCGGGUUUUUGUAGAGCUGUCGAUGUUUGAGGAUGCUCUCCUCACUUAUGUCGAGGCCAAGAAGGUUGGAGUUGACUUGCAGGUAUGCAACUUCUUGCUGAAGCGCUUAGUUGAGGGGAAUCAGAUCAUGUAUGCAAGGAGUUUGUUUCAAGAUAUGAAGAGUUCUGGUCCUUCACCAAAUGUCUACUCUUAUUCAGUUCUGAUGAGUAUGUAUACACAUGGAGAUAAGUUAUGCCUGGAGGAAGUUCUAGAGCUUCUUUCUGAAAUGGAAACGGAAGGUGUGAGGCCAAAUGCUGCAACCUAUGGCACUUACCUCUAUGGGCUUUGCCGUGCCAAACAGGUGAAAUCUGCAUGGAACUUCCUUCAAAUGCUGUGUCAGAGAGGCUACCCUUGCAACAGCUAUUGUUUUAAUGCAGUUAUUCAUGGUUUCUGCCAUGACGGUCAGGUUCACAAGGCCAUAGAAGUGUUUGAUGGGAUGAAGAAGUGCGGGUUUGUCCCAGAUGUUCACAGCUACAGCAUAUUAGUUGAUGGCUUAUGCAAACAAGGGGAUCUGUUGACAGGCUAUUACAUGCUUGUUGAAAUGGCAAGGAAUGGAAUCACUCCUAAUCUGGUGAGUUAUAGUUCGCUUUUGCAUGGUCUUUGCAGAGCUGGAAGGGUUGAAUUGGCGUUUGAGCUUUUUAAGAGGCUGAAAGAUCAAGGAUUCAAGCAUGACCACAUAGUUUACAGCAUCGUUCUUCAUGGUUGUUGUCAACAUCUAGAUCUAGAGAUUUGCUACGACCUUUGGAAUGACAUGGUUCGUCAUAAUUUUGUUCCAGAUGCUUACAAUUACAGUAGUCUGAUAUAUGCAUACUGUAGGCAUAGGCAACUGAAAGAAGCAUUGGAGGUGUUUGAGCUCAUGGUCAGUGAUGGGAUAUGCCCCAACAUCGUGACCUGCACAAUUCUUGUUCACGGCUUCAGCAACGAAGGGCUGAUUGGUGAGGCCUUCCUGUUCCUGGAUAAAGUACGCCAGUUUGGGGUUGUCCCCAACCUCUGUACAUACAGAGUUAUCAUCAAUGGCCUGUGCAAGGUCAAUAAACCUAAUGACGUGUGGGGUAUUUUCGCAGACAUGAUAAAAAGGGGCUAUGUUCCUGAUACUGUGCUUUACAGUAUUAUUAUCGAUGGUUUUGUGAAGGCUUUGGAUCUGCAGGAGGCUUUCAGGUUGUAUUAUAAAAUGGUCGAUGAGGGGACAAAGCCUAAUAUCUUUACAUAUACCAGCCUCAUAAAUGGUCUGUGCCAUGAUGAUAAACUUCCUGGAGCUAUGACAUUGCUUAAGCAUAUGAUUGGGGAGGGGCUGACACCAGACAGAAUUCUGUAUACGUCUCUGAUUGCAUGCUAUUGUAAGCGCUCAAACAUGAAGGCCGCUCUGGAAAUCUUUAGAGAGAUGGAAACAGAGGGUUUGUCAGCAGAUUCUUUUGUCUACACUUGUUUAAUUGGUGGCUUCAGUAAAGUGCUUGCGAUGGAUGGCGCACAGUUGUUUAUGGAAGAAAUGAUAAACAAGGGGCUUACACCUACUGUAGUAACUUAUACAGACCUCAUAAUUGGAUACUUCAAAAUUGGAGAUGAGAAAAAAGCUAUGGCGAUGUACAACAGUAUGCUGCAGGCAGGCAUUACGCCGGAUGCCAAGCUGAGCUGUAUAUUGGGCCUUGGUAAUGAUGGGGAUGAUUUUGGUGAUUCUCAGGAAGAUAAGGAUGUAUCAUAG